AUGAGAAGAAUAAGGUGGACCAAUCAAAAUGCUCGAGUCAGCGACUCGCUGUUUACAGGAAAAAGAGGAUCCGCACUCCAAGUCUCGUCUCUGCAGCGCAAGACAUCGGAAACCGUUUCCGCAAUAUCUUCAGCUGAUGAAAUUGCCGUUGAUUUCCCACCUUUCCUUCGUGUGUACAAAGACGGGCGCGUAGAGCGCCUACGAGGCACCGACAUCGUGCCUCCAUCCAUCGAUCCAAAGACCGGCGUCUCCUCCAAAGACGUCUCUAUUCUAACCGAAUCUGGCGUGUCAGCCCGUCUCUUCCUCCCCAAACUCACCGACCCGACUCAGAAGCUUCCAAUUCUCAUUCACUACCACGGCGGCGGCUUUCUCAUCGAGACCCCCUUCUCGCCCUUACUCCACAACUACCUCAAUGCAUUGGUCGCCGAGGCUAACGUCAUCGUCGUGUCGGUCCAUUACAGAAGAGCUCCAGAAAACCCUCUUCCUACCGCUUAUAAUGACUCGUGGGCCGCUUUACAAUGGACCGCCUCACAUGCCAACGGCGGUCCUGAGUCCUGGCUCAAAGACCAUGGGGACUUCACCCGACUCUUUGUUUCUGGCGAAAGUGCUGGCGGUAACAUCGCCCAUCACAUAGCGAUGCGUGCUGGAAGUCAUGAAUUGGAUCAUGGAGUGAAGAUCUACGGUGCGAUUCUCGUCCAUCCGUUCUUUUGGGGAACGGAGGCGAUCGGCAACAAGAUGAAGUAUCCAGCUACUCAGGCUAUGAUGGAGAGGCUCUGGAUGUUUGUGUGUCCAUCUACGACUGGCCUUGAUGACCCACUUAUUAAUCCGACGGCUGUGGGAGCACCAAGCCUUAAAGGGUUAGGAUGCGAACGAGUGUUUGUGUGUGUCGCAGGUAUGGAUGCGUUGAGGGAUUGAGGAUGGCUUUACCAUCAUACGUUGACUUCGAGCGGAUGGGAAGGAACGGUGGAAAUAUUCGAGACGGAAGGGGAGGACCACGUUUUCCAUGUUUUCAAGCCUAGCUCUGAGAAAGCUGUUGUGCCGAUGAAGCGUUUGGCUGCUUUUCUGAAUCACUGAUGGUGCUGCCUUCUUCUUCUUUUUCUUCUUUUUCAUUGACUUUGGACAUGUUAGCUCUUCUUAUGUGUGGCGUAUUUGGGAAAAAUAAUAAAUGGUACGUUUGGAUGUCAUAUGGAAUAGAAUUGCAACUUAUGCCUAACAAUCACAUUGGGGUGUUGGUUCUAAGUUGCAAUUGGGUUAGUUUCAAUACGGAGUUGAAGAAGAAUUUGGAUCC